GAACAGAAAUGAAGUCAAACGCUUUUUUGAAAUCUACAAAACAAGGAAAGAUGAUGUUGUUCAUUAGUCAGCGUGUGGAGGGUGUAGACGUGAUUCUGCAGCCGCCUGCAAGACUUCCUCGGAGAAUAAGUCAACGUCAAGGAAAUCUCUCUGUCUCUGUCUCUCUCUUUCCGUGGACGCGGACGCCACACGCCCGCGCACACCAGCCUCCUCUCUCCGUGUCCGUGCAGCGCGGGAGCAUUUUGCCAUCGCGUGUCAAGGACAGGACAGAUGCCAGUGUCUCAGAGAGGAACAACAACAACAUGUCUGAUGGACGGAGGGAGACGCACCUGCACUGAGCGGAGGUCAGUGAUGACAUCACCUGGAUAUUGUCUGACACUUCCCAGUUCCUAACCACAUUACCAUGGCAACAGGAAGAAAAGGCUCCACCUCCAAGGGUGGGGUGCAUUUCCCUGACGACAACGAGCCCCCUGGCUCUCCGACGCGGAGAGAUGAUCAGUCAAACCUCUCUACUCUCAUUGCUAUCCCAGAAAAGGACGGCAGCUACUUGGUCAAGGCUGGUUUCCUGAAGAGCCACCACUGUUAUGAGAUUGUGUUCAGUGUUCCAGAUGUACCCACAGUGGGUAAAGACCUCUCCUGUCUUCCUUCCUCUUCUCCGACUCGGAGACCCCCCAGCCUCCGGGUCCAUCGUAUUAACUCCACACUGGAGGGAGUAAAGGUCACAUGUGAGUACAGGACUCACCAGGAGGGAGUUCUGCAGGAGGAGAUCACGCUGGUGACCAGAGGGAGGAGGGACAGCAGUCUGAAGAUCAGACUCCAGGCCAGAGUCAUUGAUCCACAUCAUGGAACUCCCAUGCUGCUGGAGGGGGUGAGGUGCCUGAGCACCCAGAGAGACGGCCACACGAAGCACAGCAGCAGUGAUCGUAAGAGGAUAUGAUGAAGAGAUACACACGGUAUCAAUGUAUAUAUCUUCAAGGGUGCUCAGGACUCAGUGAUAGAACAGAAACACCAAAAGGUGUUCCCCAAGUUAGAAACAGCUUUGGGAGAUUAUGGGUCUGUGAUGCUUUGUUUUGCUUUUGUAGAACUCCAAAAUAUUUGUUAGAAAAUAACAAAUAGUGUAAUUAAAGUGGGAUGUGUUUCAAAAAUUGCCUGAUAAUGAGGCUUUUUGUAAAAAAAAAAAAAAAAGGAAAAAGAAAAAAAAGAGCUUAAAGGGGACCUAUUAUGCUUCUCUGAGUUUUCUCUUUCUUGUAUUGUGUUAUAUAGGUUUUUGUGCAUGUAAAUGGCCUACAGAGUCACAAAGACAAUCAAUAUGUGUCUUGUUGCGGCCCACCUGCAAGCUGGACACAAAGGCUUGGCACACCCCCACACAAGGUGCAGCACAUAACUACUUAUAAUGAAGAGUUGUCCUUCGUUCUGUACUACUUCACUUUUCCACAGUUCUCCACUGCUCCAAACAUUACAGUGUGAGCCCAGCACCUCAAGGAGGACUGCUUCAGAAACCACGCCCAGCUGGACACCAUAAAUGUUGGAUCUUCAGUUGUCUAUUCAUUUAUUGGCUAUCAUAAAUUAAAAAAAUAUUGAUAUUAAAAAUAUUGAUAUUAAAUAAUAUCUUUAAUAGUCCUCAGGGGCACCAGCCUAAACUAAUACACCAAUAUUGUUUCAGUCUCAAAUUAUUAUUAAUAUUAUUAUAUUAUUAUUAAAAACACAUAUCACACACAUAUCUAAUCUAGUAUAUACAGGUGUGUGUGUGUGUGUGUGUGUGUAUGUGUGUUAGCUGCAUGCAAGUUCUAGAACUUUGAUGUACUACAGGUAUGUGUGUGAACAUACAAGUACCUGAUUAACUGUAUGACUGACCACAACCUAAGCAAACAUUACAACAACAAGACAUCAUCAACAAGUACAUUUACAAAGUUAAGACUUCUGCUGCUUAGCUAUGCUGUGCUGUGCUAUGCUGUGCUGGGAAAGGUUAGGCCCAGUCAGUUAACGUUACCCAGUCCUUGGAACAAGCAAAGAGGUCCUUUCCAGUGUUGGUGUAAAGUCCAGUGAGUUGGGAGGUUUCCUGGUGGAGUAAAGUCCUGUCUGGCUGUGUUGCUUUGCGGUUAUCUCCUUUGUUCUCCUCACAGAGUUAGCUGUUCCAUGCUAACUCUGCUAUGACUCCUGUUGCUUGGAAAAUCAGCUGGCCUUGUGUCGUAGCUGCUGAUUCUGAAGAGAACUUGGUUCACUCACAGUUAAUCCGAAGCAGGUCGCUGCUGUUGAGGAGAAGAGUAUUUGCAGGCUGCUGGUAGCAGGCCGGCGAGAGAGCUGGUUUCUCAGGUAGCAGAGCUGACCUGGGCUGGGGCCUUGUUGCCCUUUGAAGAGCCGAGAGGACAGAGCAGGAGCUGCUCUCCAGAGCAAGCCAAGAAAAGAAGAGAGAAGAAGAGAGAAGGAGAUCCGGUUUUGUUUGGUGACACCCUGGGGGGUCACAUGUCACACACUGACCAACACUGACUGGUCAGUGAGGUCCCUGGGGGAGGGGUCAUCCCCAGGUGUGAACAGUGAGGAACUGAGGAACUAUGGGGAAGUGAGUUCCUUUGUCUGUGGAGCAAAGAAACAUCUGGUCUCUUGAAUGAGUCCCAACACACUUAAUGUGUUCAAACAGGGGACUCAGACUCACAGCCUGUCAGUCUGCAUUGUUAUUGUAGAUCUGUGAUGUUUAACCGUGUUACCAGCGUAGCAUAGAUAUAAAUGCUUAAACGUUUGUCAGUGUUGACAUGCUGUACCUCAUUAGCUCGGAUAAAUUAUCCACAAUUUAACUGCUCAGUUUUUUUUCAGUAACUAUGCGCACUAAAGUUUACUCCCCACCGGUCACUGUCUGUCUGUUGCUCUAUUAUUCAUAUUCCCUCUAAAGGGUUUCUCAUAAAAAUAUUCCAAGUUAUGAAUAUUGUCAUCCAAAGUCUUUGCAGGGUGUCGAGCAUCUUGAUUCCAGUGCUCUCCAUAUUUCUGCGUCUUCCCUCACUGCUUGACAGUGGGUAUGCUGUUUUCUGCUCCAGUCCAGCUUGUGAAGGUGGAUCGGAUCUGUCAUCUUCUGGUUCAGGAUCGGACUCUUGUGCUAACCUAUAAGGCAGAAUGAAGCUGCCACAACCAUUGACACGUGGAACGUGUCAUUGCCAUGGUAGUUGCCGUCAAGCAACUUAAAGGCUUAAAGAGCCCUGAGCUCUAACAGAGCGUUUCAGACAGAGGGUGAAGAGAGCACAGUAUAAAAUGUACAGAAGAAGAGAAAUAAUGUCUUUUUAGAACAUUAAAGCAUGUGAAGCAUGAUGAACACUAAGAAUGGCCAUAAUAGGUCCUCUUUAAAUAACACCAGGCUGCAUCUCUAAGCAGCUUUUUGACAAAUAUACACAGUUUACACAGCCAGUGUACACCUUUUGUAGGAGAGGUACACUAAACCAGCCUACACAGUACACUUGUACACAUACACAUAGACACACAAACAUCCUUGUUUUACUAUAUUCAUGGAGGCCCAUUCCCCAGUCACUUACCCUGAUCUUAAUCAGCACAACUGAAUGCCUAACCCUAAAUCCGGGAACAGCCAUAUAAUCCUACAAUACAGUGCUACAAUCAUGGAUGUCUGUGGCUGACUGAGUGAGUGAUCAUAGUUCCACCAUUGGUCAGCCGAAUGCUGCGUGACUGAGUUGAAGUUUCUCCAUCGGCUGUUGCUCUUUUCAAAUGAUCUGGUACAAACAGUUUCUAUCAGGGGCGUUCACAGUCUAUUAAUCAUAUUCUGUUUUGGUUUUAAAAAAAGUAUUUAUCUGCCUUAAUCACCUGCGUUGUUGACGUCUUCUUCAUGUGAAUUAUGACAUGAGCAAAUGAGUUGUCUUAAAUGUACUGCUUAUGCUGUAACAGAGCCUGUGCAUGAUGUCUAUGUCACAAAGUGUAGCCAAAUCAGCUGUCCUGACCUAAUAAAUAAGACAGGUGAGAUGAAUGAUAGAGGUAACAGAAAUGUGUCAAAUAUAUAUAUAUAUAUAUAUAUAUUUUUUUUUUUUCUUUUUUGUUUUUGUUUUUGUUUUUACUGUACUGUAUUUAUUAUAUUACAAUAAUUUAUGACAGGAAUAGACCAGGUAUUUUUGCUAUAUUGUCUGAUUUUGUUUUUAUUUCUAUCACAUCUUUUCUUCUACUGAAGUUAGCAUGCUAGCCAGCUAGGUACAGCCGGACUGGUUCCAUCUCAGAGUCACUGUAGCGUCCAGUCUGCCCUGAGGAAGUAGUGCUGAACAGAGGCCGUAUUGUAAUCUCUUGUAUUGUAAAUGCAACGAUGGCUGAAGCUCUUGGUAAGUAAACAGAUGCCAAUGCUAAUGUUGACUGUGUAGCAAUAGAAACUCUUUCAAAUAGCUCCAUGAAACCAGAACAUGUAAAUGGCAUUUUUUAUAGGUGGUAUUAUAGUACCACCUACUGGAUGUUAAGUGGUAAUACAUCCUCUUUGUGUGGUCCUGACAUGGAUGGUCCUGACCAGUAGCCAACUGAAGCCUGUUGUCAGCUAACACGAUGGUUUUCAGGCAGGCAGUUAGAAGUUAGCUCAUUGGUGGAUGAUCAUGAAUUUUAGUUGGUGGAUAACAAACAGUAUGAUGUGUUUAAACACUAUUCACCAAUAAGGUUACUUGAGACCUGUGUAGCAGACACUGUCCAGUCAAUCCGCGAAGCUAAUGUUAUAGCUCAAGCAGCUAAAGGGCAGAGCGUAUCAUUACAGUUUCAGUGUCAGUAAUAGAUGUGACAGCAGUUGGACAGGAAGUUAGUAUCACAAGUGUUGAAAAUUGAUAUGUUUGAAAAAUGUUAAAUAAUGUCAGGUGCACCACUACCACAUUAGCAGGAUACUACUACAUUAGCAGUAUACCUACUUAUUUUGUUCAAUACGACGCAGACUUUUUCUUAAAUUUUAAAUCACAGUGAAAAAAAAGAAAAAACCACAUACAUAAUUUGAUAGUUUUCUCAAAUCAUUCAGCUGCAGUGACAGUUUGGCAAAGCUGAGUUGAGGCAACUCAGCUUCAUGAUACAGUAACACCUAUUACUCAACAUGAAUGUGUACUGUAAGUGCUGGAUUGGAGCUUUAACGCCUGUCAUCUAUUAAAGACACAUCAAUGACUAAACAUGAGGAUUGUGAAUACAUUUCCUGUUCAUUUAAGCGUUGUUGAUUGUUGAUUGUGACGUGCCACCAUCCAGUGUGUGUCCCUUUGCAGUUAACCCUCUGUCUGUUUACCUGAGAGUAAAUAAAGUAUCCUCUGAACACA